AUGGACCGUUCAGACGGUAAUCGCGACCUCAACGCGGUCACCAACCGCUUGGCCGCACAGACUGAUCAGCUUCAGGGUCACUUGCAACAGCAGCUCAAUCUCAACGCCAACGCCCAAGGCCGCAACAUGUUCGCCUCGAGACCCGCCGGUCUUGCAAGUCUCGGCGAAGACGCCGAAGCAGCCCCCGAGUCCCUCAACUCGUCGCAGUCCCAGUCUGCCUUCAAUCGCCAAGGCGGUCCUCGUUUCGCAGGAAACGCCGCUUUCCAAAGCGCCGUCGCACGUCACUCCAACCAGCCCAACAAUGGCAACUACUCUGCCUCUUCGGCCGACUUCCGCGCCAACCUCGCUCAUCAGCGUCAGCUCAGUCUCCAGAGCCGAUUCGCCGAUCUCGGUUACAACGUGUCGUCUGGACUUGGUCCCACCCCCAGCGAAGCAGACGACAUGACCGAUGAUGGCGCCAGCUCGGUCGGGUACGGCGCCUCUGCCUUCGAUCCCACUCGAGCUCAGCGGGGUCACGUCUCCGACUUUAGCUUCAGUUCGUCUGGCACCGGCGCUCAUCGACGCACUGGUAGCGACAUGAGCGGCAUGCUGCCAAGCAGGGGCGGCAAUCCGUCUGCGGCAAGCGGCGCGGCCAACGCAAACCCGAACUCGCUUUCUGCUCAGAGCCAGAUGCUCGCAGAGCAGCAGGUCGCUCUGCAGCAGCAGAUCGAGAUGCUCCAGCUUCAGCAACAGCAACUCAUGCAGUCGGCCAACAACCCGGCGGCAGGUGCCGGCAACACCUUCAACGGCAGCAACCACAGCUUCGGCGGUCAUCGCCGCAUCCAGAGCCACGCCCCUCGCUCAGGUCCUAUGGGCAGCUUCUCUACCGGCAACACCUUCAACAGCGGUCUCAACAGCUUCGUUCCCGCCCAGGCCGCUACUCAGAACUCGAACCUUCCUCAAGGCCACGGCCGCCGACACUCGGUCAACGUCCUCAAUAAAGCCAACCAGCAACAGCAACAGCAGCAGCAACAAUCCCAACAGCGUAGCUCUCCUAAUGCCGAAGCUAUGCAGUCCAGCGGCCCAGCCAUGCAGGCCAACCCCAACUUUUCUUUCCCUAGCACGGCUAGCGCCCAGCGCACCGCCCAAGCUGCUUAUCAGCCUACUCACCUCACCUCCGGUCACUUCAGCCGCCCCUCGGCUCAGCUCACCGAUCUCUCGUCCGAUUAUCUCAUGGCAGGAGGUGGUCUUGUCAGCCUCAAUGGCUUCGGCAUGGGCGGCUCCAUGAACGAUCUCGCUGAUGGCUUCGGCGGCGCCGGAGCAGGUGGUCCUCGCGGCAGCCACGCUCGCGGCAGUAGUACGCAGUGGCGCAUGAACAGCGUUCAGCAGCCCCAGCUUGUCGAUCUCGCUCAAGCCCAGGCUCACCUCGCCAUGCUUCACCAGUUCCGUGAGUCAGCUGCCGUCACGGGUCACUACCGCGCACCUUCAGUCGGCGGCGCCUUCAAUCCCAUGGCUGGCGGCUUUGGUGGCAACCAGUUCGGCGGCAUCGGCGGUCCUGCUAACGGGCCUGGCGCCACGCAGCGCAAGGCUCUCUUUGGCAACUACCUGCCUCAGGGCACCUUGCCGACGCUGCUUGCUCACGGUAAGAUCGUCGUCGGCGUGCUGCGAAUCAACAAGCGCAACAGAAGCGACGCCUACGUCACCACCGAGGUGCUCGAUGGCGACAUAUUCAUCAGCGGAUCCAAGGACCGCAACCGCGCCCUCGAAGGCGAUCUCGUCGCCGUCGAGCUUCUCGACCCUCUCGAGGUCUGGAGCAUCAAGAAGGAGAAGGAAGACAAGAAGAAGCGCAAGGAAGAGCAGAAUGGUCAGAUCUCGCGCAAGCCUGACAAGGCCAAGGACGACCUCGAGGUCGAAGGCGCUCAGCUCCGACUCAUCGAGGACGAAGAGGAGAACGAGGAGAGCCCUCCUCAGCUGGCUGGCCACGUCGUCGCCAUCGUCGAACGCUCGCCUGGCCAGCUGUUCUCCGGCACAUUGGGUCUGCUUCGACCCUCGUCGGCUGCUACCAAAGAGAAGCAGCAGGCUGAGCGGGCCCAGCGCGAAGGCCCCGGCGCUCUCGCUCCUGAGAUCAAGCCUCGUCCCAAGAUCAUCUGGUUCCGACCCACGGACAAGCGCGUACCGCUCAUCGCCAUCCCUGCCGACCAAGCGCCCGAGGACUUCUGGGCCGACGAGGGCCAGGAAAGCUUCAACAGUCGUCUCUUUGUGGCUUGCAUCAAGCGCUGGCCGAUCACCUCUCUGCACCCCUUCGGUGCCCUCGUCGAAGAGAUCGGUGUCAUUGGAAAUGUCGAAGCAGAGACGCAGGCUCUGCUCAAGGACACGCUCAGCUCCGCCACCGAGGCUUUCUCCGAGGGCGCGCUCAAGUGCCUUCCUCCCACUCCCUGGAAGAUUCCCGAGAAGGAGUACGAGACGCGCAAGGACUACCGCUCCCACCGCGUCUUCACCAUCGACCCCGAGACCGCCAGGGACCUCGACGACGCUCUGCAUGUCGUGCGUCUCGACGACGGCAACUUCGAGGUGGGUGUUCACAUCGCCGACGUCUCGCACUUUGUCAAGCUCGGCUCCAGCCUCGACCGCGAAGCUCGCAAGCGUGGUACUUCGGUCUACCUGGUGCAGCGUGCCAUUCCCAUGCUUCCCCCCACGCUCAGCGAAGAGCUCUGCUCGCUCGUUCCUGGUGUCGAGAGGCUCACCUUUUCGGCUGUGUUCACCAUGAACAAGGACGCUCAGGUGAUCAAGAGCUGGUUCGGCAAGUCGAUCAUCGACUCGUGCGCCAAGCUCGCCUACGCUGAUGCCCAAAAGGUGAUCGAGGGUGGAGAGCUGCCCAAGGACAAGAUCAAGGCGCACCAGCCCAAGGACAUCGCCGACGACAUCCUGAUCCUGCACGAGCUGGCCCAGAAGAUGCGCGCUCGCCGCUUCGACGCGGGCGCCCUUCGUAUCGACAAUGUCAAGCUCAGCUUCAAGCUCGACGAGAACGGACUGCCCACCGACGCAACUAUCUACUCUUCCUACGACGCUCACCGGCUGAUCGAAGAGUUCAUGCUUCAGGCCAACAUGGCUGUCGCUCAACAGAUCGCCUUUGGUCUGCCCGAGUUGGCGCUCCUUCGUCGACACGAGAAGCCUCUCGACCGACGUCUUGAGGGCUUCCUGCGCCGAGCGAAGUCGAUGGGCUACGACAUCGAUGUUUCGUCGGGCGGAGCUCUCCACCGCAGCCUGAAGGCGAUCGAGGACGAGUCGGCUCGUCAGGCGUUGCAAGCUCUGGUCACCAACUCGAUGAUGAAGGCCAAGUACUUCUGCACAGGUAUGGUCGACAUUGCCAAGUACCACCACUACGCGCUCAACGUGCCCCUCUACACGCACUUUACAUCUCCCAUUCGCCGCUAUGCCGAUCUGAUGGUGCACCGCCAGCUGGAAGCCGUGCUUGCCGAGCAGGACAAGUUCCCCGUCGACCGUGAGGCCAUGGCCAAGAUCGCCCAGCAGUGCAACGUCAAGAAGGACGCGGCCAAGCUGGCCCAAGAGCAGAGCGCCCAUCUCUUCCUCUGUUUGCUCGUCCACGAUCUCACCAUGCGCUACGGUCCUGUCGUUCGCACUGCCACCGUCAUGGGCGUGCUUGAUGCUGCGUUCGACGUGAUCGUCCCCGACUUUGGCAUCGAGAAGCGCGUCCACGUCGACCAGAUGCCCAUCGAGAACCACACGUACGACGAGGACCGCAACGCGCUGUCCAUCUACUGGAAGGACAACGUUGACGUUAUCGCCUGGCUCGCCGAGACUUCGGACGACGUCCACGUCAAGAAGCUGCAGGAGGUGGCUCAGCAGCACCAGAUGAUGGAGAUGACGUCGCAGUCGCAGACGGACGAAGCGGCGCUCUUUGCUGACGAGGACGACGACGAGCACUCGACCUCGGCCAUUAUCCGCCAGCACAACGUCGAAGCUGCUCGCGAAUCGCAACAGCGCAACAAGAGUCUGAACAAGACGGCGCUCCAGUUCGACGGUGUUCAGGAGAACGCCGCGGGCGGACACAAGAUCCAGACGAUCAGGGAGCUCAUGCAUGUGCCUGUGAUCGUUACGAGUGACAUGACUAAGUCGCCGCCCGUGCUCAAGGUCUUUUCCGUCAACCCUUUUGCUAGCACCUCGAACCACUAG